GUUUGAUAUAUUUUCUUUAUUAUUCUUACCUUGAAUGUGUCAUUAAUUAAAGUGCAACUGCUUUAAUUGGCAGUAGAAAUAUUUUAAUAUAAUUUUAUCAUAACUAAAACGCCAUACGAUAACUGUUGAACUAAAAACCUUGCUCUAAAGCCAAAGUUUAGUAAACACCAGGAACCAGCAUGGACUUUACAUCGUUUGCCAAAGCCAGCAACGCUGAUGCGACUAAUAAUAGUGGCACCGAUUCAACAAAAACUCCGGAAGAAUUACACUUUUGGAAACAUGUAGAGUAUAUUGAAAAUCAUGGUAAAGAUCAGGAUGACUAUGAAUAUUGUAUGACAGAAUUUCUACGCAUGUCUGGCAUAUAUUGGGGUGUCACCGCUUUGGAUAUUAUGAAUCAAUUGGACCGCCUUGACCGGCCCUCAAUUAUUGAGUUUAUCAAACGUUGCCAGUGUCCGACGACAGGUGGUUUUGCACCGUGUGAAGGUCAUGACCCCCAUAUAUUAUAUACUUUAUCUGCAGUGCAGAUAUUGUGUAUUUACGAUGCCCUACAGGAAAUCGACUGUGAGGCCGUGGUCAAAUACGUUGUCUCAUUGCAGCAAAUCGAUGGCAGUUUCUUUGGGGAUCGUUGGGGUGAAGUUGAUACACGUUUCUCGUUUUGUGCCGUUGCCAUAUUGACAUUGUUGAAAAAGGACUUGGGUUGUACCAUCGAUGUGGAAAAGGCUGUGCAAUUUGUUAUGUUGUGCUGUAAUCAAACUGAUGGCGGUUUUGGUUCAAAGCCAGGAGCUGAAUCACAUGCUGGCCUUAUUUACUGUUGUGUGGGAUUUUUGUCUUUAACCCAACGUUUACAUCUGCUAGAUGUGGACAAAUUAGGCUGGUGGUUGUGUGAACGUCAAUUGCCUUCUGGUGGCCUUAAUGGCAGACCUGAAAAACUGCCCGAUGUGUGUUACUCGUGGUGGGUUUUGGCUUCAUUAACUAUAAUGGGCCGUUUGCAUUGGAUUAGUGCCGAAAAGUUAAAACAAUUUAUACUCUCCUGUCAAGACAACGAAACUGGUGGUUUUGCUGAUCGCACUGGCAAUUUGCCUGAUAUUUUCCACACUCUCUUUGGCAUAGGCGCUUUAUCGUUAUUGGGCUUUGAUGGUCUCAAACCCAUUAAUCCUACACUCUGUAUGCCUCAAUAUGUCAUGGAUCGUUUGGAUAUUAAACCUCAAAUAUUAGAAAGACCUUAAAUGAAGGCUGCUGCUACAUCAGUUGGCGGAGAUGAACGAACGAUUUUAUUGUCAGUUUACAUUUGAAAAGACGAAAGCUUUAUAUGAAAGCUUAAGAAAGCAUAAAAUAACUCUAAUAACUUUCUUCUAACACUUUUUCUAACUAAGUGCACUGGAUCUACUACGGAACUCUAAACUUCAACAUGGAAACUUUUACUAAAAUCUUAAACAAUUUGCAUUUGUAUUUUCUUAACAACAGGCACUACUUUUUUUCAACUCAUUCAACUAUUUUUUAUUACCACUUACUAUACACAAUACGAUUUUUUUCAAUUAUUUAUUCUUCAACUGCUUUUUGUUUAACUUUUUUUAUAAUCUAUUUUAUUAUUUACAGUUCUAGUAAAAUUAUUGUAUUUUUUAUAAAUAUACAUUUAUUAUAAUACAUACAUAUAAUGAAAUAUUAGCUUUAUUAUUUUUGCAUUUACCAAUUUAAGUAAAUAGUAAAAAAACAGAGUUAUUUUAAAUUAUUUAUAACUUUAUUAGUGAGAAAAAAAAUGAACAAAAUAUAUAAAAUUUUAUAAAAAUAA